AUGACUCAAGACAAGCUUAGAGACAAGUACAGAGAGCUCAAGAAGCGUAUCCGGGAUAUGGAAAGCGAGAAUGAAGUCCUCCAAGUGAGAAUUCAUAAAGCUCGCAGAGGUGUCAGGCAGCUUAAAUUGGAGAGAACUGUUCUUCUUGAACGAAUGGAAAGACACCAAGGCUCUUUUGGUGACAACGAUCACUAUGAGAUUGGUUCUGAUAAUGGGUCUCAAGAUGAAUCUUAUAUGUUAAAAUACGAUCAUGGAAAGCACAUGGACAAGAUCAUCGGGAAUCAUGCAAAGGCGCCCCGGAAGAAAAAGGAUCCAAAUGCCCCCAAGGGUCCUGGUAAUGUCUUCUUUCUUUUUUGUCGUUUUGAGCGUGACAAAAUCAAGGAUGAAAAUCCCCAAGAAAGUCUUGGUGAUGUAACUCGUCUCCUUGGUCUAAAGUGGAAGAGUUUAUCGAAAGAAGAAAAACAGGUCUAUUAUGACAUGUACAAAAAGGAACUUGACGAAUACGAAGUUGCAAUGAAAACAUACACAAGUGGCGUUGCAGGAUUUCCAGACGUUAUGGAAGAAUCCACUGCAUCCUCACCUGCUAUUUUACAGACAGAACCUCUUUUAAAUGAUCCUAAUCCCCAGGACUAUACUGAAGAUAACAUGUUAAUGGAAGAAGUUGGGGAUGAACCCCUAGAAUUAAACUUGCCCAAGUCAGAAGCAGAAGAAGAGGCAGAAGAGGCAGAAGAAGCGGAAGAAGAAGACGACGACGACGAAGAAGACCCUAUCUCAUAAGAAUUGCAUCACCCUAUUGUUUACUUAGACUAUUCAUUACAUUUUCAUUUCUUCUUUAUCUUCUUAAUUAUUAGUACUAUAUAUAUAGCUAAUGCUCAUCUUGGAAAGGA